UGGCCAGAAUAAGUUGGUUCUCGUCUGCCUUCACUGAAAUUCAAAAUCAUAUCAAAACUAUGGCGGUGUUGAGAAUAAGAAAAAUGAGAUGCUUUGGUGUCUGGACAUUUCCCCUAAUAGUGGCCGUGGUCUGUACGCAAAGUGUCAAUGACCCUAGCAAUAUGUCAUUGGUAAAGGAAACAGUUGAUAGACUGCUGAAAGGAUAUGACAUUCGCUUGAGGCCAGAUUUCGGAGGUCCGCCAGUGGGAGUGGGGAUGAACAUAGACAUAGCAAGCAUAGACAUGGUAUCAGAAGUCAAUAUGGACUAUACAUUGACAAUGUACUUCCAGCAAGCUUGGCGAGACAAGCGAUUAUCCUACUCGGAGAUUCCCCUCAACCUGACCCUAGAUAACCGGGUGGCUGACCAGCUGUGGGUUCCCGAUACCUACUUCCUGAACGACAAGAAGUCAUUUGUCCACGGAGUCACGGUCAAAAACAGAAUGAUCCGACUGCACCCAGAUGGCACUGUCCUCUAUGGUCUGAGGAUUACAACGACAGCUGCCUGUAUGAUGGACCUGAGGAGGUAUCCACUGGAUGAGCAGAACUGCACACUGGAGAUAGAGAGCUACGGAUACACCACGGAUGAUAUUGAGUUCUACUGGCGUGGUGGUGACCACGCUGUGACAGGGGUGGAGAGGAUCGAACUCCCUCAGUUCUCCAUCGUGGACCACAAACUCAUCUCCAAGAACGUGGUCUUCUCAACAGGCUCCUACCCACGCCUCUCACUCAGCUUCAAGCUGAAGAGGAACAUCGGCUACUUCAUCCUGCAGACCUACAUGCCCUCCAUCCUGAUCACCAUCCUCUCCUGGGUCUCCUUCUGGAUCAACUACGACGCCUCAGCCGCUAGAGUAGCCCUGGGUAUCACCACGGUGCUGACUAUGACCACCAUCAACACCCACUUGAGAGAGACCCUCCCCAAGAUCCCUUACGUGAAGGCCAUCGACAUGUACCUGAUGGGCUGUUUCGUGUUCGUCUUCCUGGCGCUACUGGAGUACGCCUUGGUCAACUACAUCUUCUUCGGCAGAGGGCCCCAGCGCCAGAAGAAAGCCGCAGAGAAAGCAGCCACUGCCAACAACGAGAAGAUGAGAAUGGACCCCAAUAAGUGGAUGGUGGGAAAUGUAGUUCAAAGAGAAGAUACUCUGUAUGCCAGAAUGAAACAGAGGGAAAUUGACGCUCAUGACUCGAUGUGGGAACCGAUCUUUGUGGACGAUGCAGCGAUGGGACUAGGCGAGCAAAAGAAUAAGAUGGACCCCCAUGAAAACAUCCUGCUGGGGACCAUAGAGAUCAAGAACGAGAUGGGAGCCUCGGAGCUGACCCUCGGCCUCAGUGACCCGCGGAACACCAUGCUGUCUUACGACACCUCCACCCUUCAGUACCGCAAAGCCGGCCUGGCCAGACACAACUUUGGACGCAACACACUGGAGCGCCACGUCACCCAGAAGAAGAGCCGGCUAAGGAGGCGCGCGUCCCAGCUGAAGAUCACAAUCCCCGACUUGACUGACGUAAACUCUAUCGACAAGUGGUCGAGAGUGAUCUUCCCCACCGUUUUUUCCUUUUUCAACAUCGUCUAUUGGCUCUACUAUGUCAACUAAAAGGACUCAGCAGAAUAAGAAGGUGCAACCAUUUCUGUUGCUCGUUUUAUUCUCCUGUUUGUGUUUAAUUUUGCUGUGUGAUCGUACAACACAAGACUGAAUUACUAUAACAAAACAAAAUCAGGACUGAAUCCAUUUUACCUUGGAACACCUUAAUUGCUGGCUAACACAGACAAACCUUAUAGAAGAGAGAUUAAGAACAUAAUGGUGCCUGUUCCAGAGUUAUCAUUUCUAAUUUUUAAUUUUACAAGUCGAAUAUUUAGUGAAAUAAGUACUUUUCCAUUUAUAAAUGUUUGUUUUAUUUUUAUGUUUUUACUUUCUUAAAUCUGUAUCUGAUUUGUUGCCAAAACGUUAGAGCUAUAAUAGUUCAAAAUGAUCCCAUGACUAUUGCUCCUUUGAAGUACUACAUACGUCGACAUUCAUAAUUUUUUCUAAGUCAUUCCUUCAGAAAUUUAAUGAUUUGUAUCCGAUACUUUAUUUUAUCUUUAUAUUGUGAAGUUUCACAUUUUCAUAGUCUAUAUUAAGGUAUAUUAAUAUCAUAGUUUGGAGGUUUUAUGAAAAAGCAACCUUUUCUACUUUGAUAGAGUAUUGUUAAUUUCAAAGCAUUAUUUCAAUUUAAAGAAACUGUAUGAUAAUGUAGAUUAAACAAUGAAAUACAAACAUCAUUCCAAACCUUUAAAGCUGACAAACAAUGCUGGCUGAUAAAGGUUAUUCAAAGGUCUACAUUGAACAUUACAGCACGUCGAACAGAUAUGCCUUAGUCUAAUGAUUUAGCAUCUUUGUUGUAGCAGCUUAUUUGCUGAGAGAUUCAACAUUCCAACUCUGUUAAGUAGAAUAUGGUGUUCUAACCCAGGGAAAGAGGAAGGCGGGCUUAAGAGGCAGAGGGAAUAAGGGAGGAAGUUGAGAGAUGACAAAAGGAAGAGUGGUUAUUCCUUCACCUUUGCUAUUAAUAUGUGGUAAGAGUACACUUUUGCUGUAGUUUGUUUUGAAUACC